UUGACAUUAAAAUAAAUAGACAACUCAAUCUUAGUUCCUAUUAUGAAAAAGAAAUAAGAACUUUUAAAGAAAAAGCAGCUGAUAAUUCUAAUAGACAAAAUGAAGAUGUAAAAGACCCUGUAUCUGAAAUUUUACCAAAUGCAGUAGCACAAAAGAAUGCAGCAAAUGCAAUUGAAACAGCUAAAAAAAAACUUUUGGAACUUAAGCAAAU